UGCGGGGUCCGCCAUGGAGCCAGAGCAGAUGCUGGAGGGACAGACGCAGGUUGCAGAAAAUCCUCACUCUGAGUACGGUCUCACAGACAAUGUCGAGAGGAUAGUAGACAAUGAGAAGAUUAAUGCAGAAAAGUCAUCAAAACAGAAAGUGGAUCUCCAGUCUUUGCCAACUUGUGCCUACCUGGAUCAGACAGUUCUGCCUAUUUUAUUACAGGGACUGGCUGUGCUUGCAAAAGAAAGACCACCAAAUCCCAUUGAAUUUCUAGCAUCAUAUCUUUUAAAAAACAAGGCACAGUUUGAAGAUCGAAACUGACUUAUUGAGAAGAACAGAAAAAUUUGGUUUCUACUGUAGAUUUACAUGAUUAAGAGGCAGCUUUAAUUGCCAAGAUUCCCCCCCUUUGGAAGUAUAUGAACCUUCAGGACAACAGAACUUAUUUCCGGAAUUGCAGAAGAAAACAUUUCCCUUAUUUUUA